UCAAGCACCAAAUUGUCAAAACUCCUGUAUUUUAAAAUAUUUUACACGAUAAAGUAUUCCAACCAAAAAACCCCUAAAUCAGAAAGCCAAAUACUUCAAAAUUCUUAAAAUUAAUAAAAAAAGCUAAGAAUUGCUCAAUUUUAGAAAACACCUUCAUCAUCAUUCCAAAAUAGUAAAAGCCUAUAAUGUUUGAACACUUCAACAACCAAAACUCACAAAUUAUUCUCCAACCUUCCAUGCCAAUUGCCAUCCCCCCUCUUUAAGCAUAUUCUUCAAUUGAGACCUCUAUCUCUUCUCCAAGAAAAGAAAAACAAAACCGACGGCUUCCUUCUACUCUUCUCUUCUCCUUCCUCCCAAGCAUGGCCUUGGAAGAACUCAAGCCAUCCGAGAAGAAGACCCUGCAUGAUCUCAAGCUCAAGCUCGAAGAAUCCAUCAAAAGAAACCGCCUUCUCUUCCUCGAUCCAAACUCUCAAGCUCCGAAAAGAAGCACCAUUCUUAAACCUCGCAUUGCUUCCUAUUCUAUUUCUACUAAUGAAGUCACUUCCACAUCAGAAAAUAGCAAAAUUUCUCUUUGGGGUGUCCCUCUCCUUCCUUCAAAAUCAAAUGAUUGCCUUGACACCAUCCUUCUUAAAUUCCUUCGAGCAAGAGAAUUCAAGCUAUGUGAAACUUUUGAAAUGAUUCAGAGAACAUUGAGGUGGAGAAAUGAGAAUGGUGUAGAUGAAAUCCUGAAAGAAAACUUGGAUUCAGAAUAUUUUAUGGGAACUGCAUAUAUGGAUGGAUUUGAUAGGGAAGGGCACCCUGUUUGUUACAAUGUGUAUGGAUCAUUAAGGAAGGGUGGGCUGUACGAUGAGGCAUUUGGGAGCAGAGAGAAGCAGGAGAGGUUUUUGAGGUGGAGGGUUCAGUUCAUGGAGAGAGGAAUUCAGGAGCUUCUCAGCUUCAAGCUUGGAAAGGCUUCAGCCAUGGUGCAGGUCAUAGAUCUUAAGGAUUUGCUUGGGUCUUCUAUGAAGGAGCUGAGAAAUACUAUUGAGAAGAUGAUCAAGAUCUUUCAGGACAACUAUCCCGAGUUCAUCUUUAAAAAUGUAAGAACUUUGUUUAUUGGAAUUUAUAUUUCAUUACAUAGGCGCUUCUCUUAAAUUUAACAACUCAGAUAAGUUUGGAUCGUUUGGUUGUUGAAAAUUCAUACAUAUCUUUUAAACCUUAUUUAUUUAUGAGAUUUACAGCUUCAUACUUUCAUUAUCUAAAUUUCUGCACAAAUAUUGAGAUUCAGAAUAAAACUCCAGUUCAUUUUUUUUUCGGCUUUUGUUAUAUUUUUAAUGCUUCAUGAUAUUGUUGACCUCUACACUAAAGACGCACAAAACAAGGGAAAAUUGGGUGAUUGAAGUGACGCGUAUCGGCGCGGCGUAUUACUUGAAAGGUCGAACGAUCUCCAAUCGCAAAACGGACAAUAUUGUUGCGAUUGGAGCAUC